GGCAAUGCAAAUCAUCACUAGCCAGCUCAUAGCCUAAGGUAGCUACCGAUUCUCUAGCACCGUAACCGUAAUUUCAAGUCAUGUCCACCAAUGUCCACCAAGCGCGCCACCCAUAGAGUUAGACACUCCAGAUGCGGAUGUAUGGAGGCAAUAUUCCAAAAACCCCUAAGCCUUCUCUGUCUUGCUGCGAGGUCUUCUUGCUAUAAAGUUGCUUUCCCAGUGCAUUGCUUUUCGAAUCAUCCAAACAAUUACAUUCUUUAAUCAACCGGUUAUCACCGAUCACACUCGUUUCCAACGAACUCGCUCUCUAUACCUAAUAACCUAAUCCCACUACCAAACCCUCACCCACCACCACCAACCACCACCUCUCCAACCAACAUCAAGAUGCGUUCCUUCGCCGUCAUUGCUGGCUUCGCCGCCGCUGCCAACGCCCUCGUUGCCACUCCCUACGAGUCGGAGGCUGCCUAUUACGAGUCCUCCACCGAGGCUGCCUACUACGCUUCCUCUACUGAAGCCGCUUACUACGCUUCCUCCACCGAGGCUGCUUACUACGCGUCCUCCUCAUCCGAGGCCAUGUACGACAGCUACCCCUCGUCCACCCCCGUCUACGACUCGUACUCCACCUCCACCGAGGUCCCCACCUACGAGACCCCCGUCGGCUACUCCACCACCGUCAUCUCCAAGUACGAGACUGACUGCCCGGAGCCCACCACCGUCACCUGGAACAAGAAGACCUACACCGUCACCAAGAGCACCAAGUUGAUCAUCGAGGAGCCCUGCACGACCACUGUCCCCGUCUACGCUUCCGCCAAGUCCUCCGGCGCUGUCUACAUGCCAUCCAGCAUGGCCGCUGGUAGCUCCUCCAAGGCCGUCUCCUCCAUGGCCGCUGGCAGCUCCUCCAUGCCUUACGUUCCCGCUGGCAGCGCUUCCAAGCCCGUCUGGGCCAGCACCGGUACCUCCGGCGCCAGCUCCGUCCCCGUUGUUCCCUACUACCCCGUCCCCUCCAACGGCACCUCGUACACGCCCCCCAAGGCUACCGGUACCGGUGCCCCCAGCUCCACCAAGCCCACUCUUCCCGAGUCCACCGGCGCUGCUGCGCAGAUGGGUGUUGGUAUGCUCGCUGUCAUUGGCGCCGUCGCUGCUUUCUUGUAAACAGCCAGCUUCGAGUAGUUUGUUGAAGUCUUGCACGGACAACAUCAGACGGUUUUCGAGUCUGCUAUUUCUACAAGGGCAUUGAUUGCUUCAUGGGUAACGAUCUUAGGGUUUACAUCAUGACACGGACAGGUAUUAGCUUGUCAGUUCUAGGGGGAUUAUUGGCUUGUAAUUCGGUUGGCAUAUGUUUCUAGAUCCUGGCUGUUGGGAAGGGGUCGGCAAGACAAUGACAUGGUUCUCUUCUUAUGGUUUCUGGACCGCGGCGUACUUUUUACCUUCUGAGUGUCGGGGAUUUGAUAGGCUCGAUACCCACAUGGCCGAUUGAAUAGACAUUUCU